UUUCACAUUAGCUGUGACAAUAUAAACCAUUGUUGUUGAGGAUAAUUUAGUCAUCUGAGAAUCUUCGCAAUUAUUUCGUAUAAAAUAUCCCGAAUAUAGAUUUGAAAUUUAGGAUCCUUCAAGCAUACAGCAAUGGCGUCUUCUUCCACUUCAUCUAUUCACAAGAGCUUUAAAUAUGAUGUGUUUUUGAGUUUCAGAGGCGAAGACACUCGCACAAAUUUCGUUGAUCAUCUUUAUCAUGCUCUACAACAGAAAGGGAUUCACACUUACAAAGACGACGAGAGAAUUAAGAAGGGAAACGUGAUCUGUGAUGAGCUCAUCGGAUCCAUCGAAGACUCAAAACUCUAUCUCAUCAUUUUCUCCAAAAACUACGCAUCUUCAUCCUGGUGUUUAAACGAGCUUGUGAAGAUAAUGGAAUGUCACAAGAACGACGAGCACACUGCCUACCCUAUUUUCUAUGAUGUCGAACCGACGGAAGUCCGCAAUCAAAGCGGGUCAGUUGAAAAAGCCUUGGCCAACCAUGAAAACGACAAGGCUGUUGGGAAAUGGAGGGACGCUCUGAGAGAAGCUGCAAAUUUGGCUGGAUGGGAGUUAAAGAGCGCUGCGUAUGGUCGUGAAGCUAAAUUUAUCCAAAAAAUUGUUGAAGAGCUUUCACUAGAGUUACGAGCCAUCAAUUUCAGCAUUGAUGAAAAAUUAGUAGGCAUGGAGACCCGAAUCAAAGAUGUUUUAUCGUCUUUAGGAUCUGCUUUUGAUGAUGUCCGCAUGAUUGGGAUCAAGGGAAUGGGAGGUGGUGGGAAGACAACUUUGGCCAGAGCUGUUUUUGAUCAAAUAUCCUUUCAAUUCGAAGGUGCAAGCUUCGUUGAGAAUGGCAUCUCUGUUAGUAGUGUUUAUGACGGAAAAAACAAGAUGAAGAGGAGGAUGCCUGGUAAAAAGGUUCUUCUUGUUCUAGAUGAUGUGGAUCAUUUAGAGCAGCUUGAGGCCUUAGCCGGUGAGACAAAUUGGUUUAAGCCAGGAAGCAGAAUUAUCAUUACAACAAGAGAUGAGCAAGUGCUCGUGGCACAUGGAGUGAAGUCGAUUCAUAACGUCGUGUUGUUAUUGGAUGAGGAAGCAAUUUGCCUCUUUAGUAAGUAUGCAUUUGGGAGAAUGAAUCCAAAUCCAGGGUAUGAAGAGCUAUCACAACAAGUUGUGCAUUAUGCUGCUGGGCUUCCGUUAACGAUCAAAGUUCUGGCUUCGUUUCUUUGUGGUAAAAAUGAGCUUGAAUGGAUAGAUGCCCUAGAAAGACUUAAAACAAUUCCGUUAAUGGAAACUCUGCAAAAGUUGGAAAUAAGCUAUAUCAGUCUAGAGGAGGAUUACAAGGAAAUAUUUCUAAAUGUUGCAUGCUUCCUUAAAGGAUGGCCGAAAGCCCGUGCACUCAAUGCGCUUGAAAGCUGUGGAUUUCAUGCUAGAAAUGGUUUAAGAGUUCUUGAGCAAAAAUCUCUCAUAACUAUUCAUAACAAUAUUUUUUAUGCCGAGCGUCUGGGCAUGCAUGACCAUAUUGAAGAACUUGGCAAGAAUAUUGUUCGUCGUUCACACCCGGAUAAGCCUAACAAACAUAGUCGAUUGUGGAUUAACAAAGAAAUUGUAGAUAUCUUGUCUAAUAAAUUGGGUACUGAAGCUACAAGAUAUAUACAAUUAUACACAUCGGAACUCAGUCCGGAAAUUUUGAUGAAAGGACUUAGAAAGAUGAAGGAACUUAGAUUUCUUGAUGUGUCUAUUGGAUUUAUUGAUCCAAGUAAAAGUGAUUGUUCUAACCCGAAUCAGAAAUUUAAUAAAUGGUCAAAUGCUUUGCAAUAUCUGCGUUGGAACCAUUAUCCUUUUACGUCUUUAACCAAAACAUUUCAAGCAAAUAAUCUUGUUACACUUGAUAUGGCUCACAGCAGAAUUGUACAACUUUGGGAAGGGGGAGAAAGAAAGGUUCUUAGCAAGCUCAGAUUCCUUGACCUCAACAAUUCAAUGUUGAGGACCCUUGAUCUUGGACUUACUCCAAAUAUCGAGACGUUGAAUCUUAAAGGAUGUGGUGAUUUGGUAGAAGUGCAGAUGCCUGCUAGAUGUUUAAAGCUCAAAACCGUCGACCUCAGUUGGUCAGCGUUGAGGACCCUUGACCUUGGGUCGGCUCCCAAUCUCGAGCUGAUAGAUCUUGAAGGAUGUUCGGAUUUGGUAGAACUUCAAAUGCCUUGUAGAUCUCCAAAUAUGAGUUCCAUCAAACUCGCAAACUCGAAGUUGAGGACCCUUGACAUUGGGCUGACUCCAAAUCUCAAGUAUUUUGAUCUUAAACUUUGUUAUGAUCUGGAAAAAGUUCACAUGGCCGAUAAAUGCCCAAAGCUCACAUACCUCGACAUAAGUUAUUCAAAGUUGAAGAACCUUGACCUCAGGCUGACUCCAAAUCUCGAGACGUUAGAUCUUGAAAAUUGUAAUGAUAUGGAAGAACUUCACAUAGCCAAUGGAUGUUUAACAAAGCUUGUCUACUUAAACCUAAAUCGUUGUUUGAGGUUUAAAUCUUUUAAAUUCUGGAUAGAGAGUGUUGCUUCUCGUAACAAGUAUGAUUCUUCUUGUAGUGAGGAUGAAUCACUUGAGGUUGGUUCUAUAGCUGAGUUACAUCUGAUUGUGGAGUCCCUAGAUGGAUGCCCUAUUCACCCGAACAAUAAUUUGCCAAAGUUUCAGUUUACAUGCUUUUAUAAAGAAGAUAAACCCUUAUUGACUAGAAACCUUGAGAAGCUUAUUUCUGUAGGUCUAUGUGCUUGCAUGAACCAUGAGACCUUUUCAAGAAGCAUUUGUGGGUUACAACAUUUAAAGAAGAUUAAACUCGAAGGCAGUAUUCUAGAGGCCCCUAAGGACGUUGACCAGCUAGAAUAUCUAGAGGAGUUAGAUUUGUCAUAUACAGAGAUUAAAAAUCUUCCCGAUACCAUUUGUGUGUUGAAACGUCUUAAAUCUCUCAAAGUUAAAUCCUGUUGGAAUCUUGAGAAGUUACCAAAGGAUCUUGGCCGAUUAGAAUGUUUAAAGAAGCUAAUUUUAUCAUCUGCAAAGAUUAAAGAACUCCCUGAUAGCAUUUGUAUGCUGAAACAUCUUGAACUUCUCAAUCUUAGUUUUUGUUUGCUGCUUGAAACAUUACCUGAAGAAAUUGGCCGUUUAGAAAAUUUAAAGAAGCUAACUUUGUCAUCUGCAAAGAUUAAAGAUCUUCCUGAUAGCAUUUGCAUGUUGAAAAAUCUUGAAUCUCUCCAACUUCACGAUUGUUUAUUACUUGAGAAGUUACCUGAGGAUCUUGGCCGAUUAAAAUAUUUAAAGCAUCUGAACCUCAGUUUUUGCAAGCAUUUACGAGAUAUCCCGGAGAGCAUCUAUACAACACUCAAUAUACCCAGGGAUGAUUUGGGAAGCUCCGAAGACCCGGAAAGAAGAAAAUUCACAUAUAUAAUUUUAACGGAAGGCACCACACUCGAUCGGGGAGAAAGUUGUGGAGCACAACAUAAAGAGGACAAGACAGAUAAAAACCAAACAAAGAUCUUUCCCAAACUAUACACAACAUUAGGUAUAUUACCAAGGCCCUGUGACACUCGGUUAAUGAGAAGACUCUCUGACAAUCUGUUUAAUGAGAAGGCUCUAUCCACGCGUCAGUUAGAACAUAGGCACUUAUAAACCUGGGAGAAACCAAAAUUUUUGGCUUUUGGUUUUUUGGAAGAAACCAAUAAUGUUUUUUUCCCAUAUUUUUUUUAUCCUUUUUUGGUUUUGGUUUUGGUUUUUCUGGUUUUUGGGUUUUUAUUAUUUAAUUUCAUUAACUAUGCUCAUUAAAUUCUAAGACAUAAUUUACUAAAAAGAUAACAAAAGACAAGUUGAUCAAAUUUAAAAAAAACAGAGAUAUUUAAAAACAUUAUCCUUCAUUGUCUAUACAAUUGAUAAUGCAUUACAUGGUGCACCAAUAGUGACUUGAUAUGUGGAUGUAAAACAAAUGUUGCUUCCAUCAUGUUGAUGAAUUCUAUGAAUUUGAUUUGUACUAAUAACACGAG